UUCGUCCAUUUCUCUCUCCUCUCUCGCGCUAGGGUUUUCUAAAAUCUAUACAUAUUUCAAGCGGCGGCCGAUCGAUCUCACGCUCGAUUAGUGGUGAAAAAAAUGACUCAAAUUAGCAAGAAGCGAAAGUUCGUCGCCGACGGCGUUUUCUUCGCCGAGCUGAACGAGGUGCUCACCAGAGAGCUCGCUGAGGAUGGAUACUCCGGCGUCGAGGUUAGGGUUACGCCGGUGAGGACCGAGAUUAUCAUUAGGGCGACUCGAACUCAGAAUGUCCUCGGUGAGAAGGGCAGAAGGAUCAGGGAACUGACUUCAGUUGUUCAGAAGCGUUUUAAUUUCCCUGAGAACUCAGUUGAACUCUAUGCGGAGAAGGUUAACAACAGGGGUCUGUGUGCUAUUGCUCAGGCUGAAUCUCUCCGAUACAAGCUCCUUGGAGGACUUGCUGUUAGGAGGGCCUGCUAUGGUGUUCUGAGGUUUGUCAUGGAGAAUGGCGCCAAAGGCUGUGAGGUGAUUGUGAGUGGAAAACUGAGGGCGCAACGUGCCAAGUCCAUGAAGUUCAAGGAUGGAUACAUGAUUUCUUCUGGUCAGCCUGUGAAUGAAUAUAUUGACUCAGCAGUUAGGCAUGUGCUCUUGAGACAGGGUGUCCUUGGCAUCAAGGUGAAGAUUAUGUUGGACUGGGACCCGAAGGGGAAGCAGGGCCCUACUACACCAUUGCCAGAUGUGGUCACCAUUCACUCACCAAAGGAUGAAGAGGAGUACCUCAGGCCUCCCGUUAUGUUGCCCACAGAAAUAGAAGUCCCCGUUGUUGCUUGAGUUUGUCUAGAAUUUUCCUUGUUUUCACCCAGAACCCAAAAAAAAAAAAGGAAAAAAAACAUUAUUAUGAGCUAUGGAGAAUUGGAGAGUAGUUUAUAGGAUUUCUCGGUAGUGUUUUUUUUUGUUUGUUUAUGUUUGUACGUUGGGCAUGGUUUUCCUUAUUUUGGGAACAAUUGAGACCUCUUGCUCUGGUUUUGUUUA